GAUGUUCCGCCGGGCAUUCACGACGGUGGGGCCCAGCUACUCCAGCUCUGUCCUGAACUGCCUGAAGAGCCUGGACCUGUGGUGCUUCGACGUCUUCGCCCUGCAGAGGGCGACAGAGGAGCACUCGCUCAGGACCAUUGUGCUGGAGCUCUUCAGCCGCCACAACCUGGGCAGCCGCUUCAAGAUCCCUGGCACUUUCCUGAGCAGCCUGCUGGAGGCGCUAGAGGUUGGCUACGGCAAGUACCGGAACCCCUACCACAACCAGGUCCACGCCGCCGACGUCACCCAGACCGUGCACUGCUUCCUGCUCCGCACGGGCAUGGUGCACUACCUGACAGAGAUCGAGGUCCUGGCAAUCAUCUUUGCUGCUGCCAUCCAUGACUACGAACACACUGGCACCACCAACAGCUUCCACAUCCAGACCAAGUCGGACUGUGCCAUCCUCUACAACGACCGCUCGGUGCUGGAGAACCACCACAUCAGCGCCGUGUUCCGCAUGAUGCAGGACGAGGAGCUGAACAUCUUCAUCAACCUCACCAAGGACGAGUUCGUGGAGCUGCGGGCGCUGGUGAUCGAGAUGGUCCUGGCCACCGACAUGUCCUGCCACUUCCAGCAGGUCAAGGCCAUGAAGACCUCCCUGCAGCAGCUGGAGAGGAUCGAUAAGUCCAAGGUGCUGUCGCUGCUGCUGCACGCAGCGGACAUCUCUCACCCCACCAAGCAGUGGGCGGUGCACAGCCGCUGGACCAAAGCCCUCAUGGAAGAGUUCUUCAGGCAGGGGGACAAAGAGGCUGAGCUGGGGCUGCCCUUCUCCCCCCUCUGCGACCGAACCUCCACCCUGGUGGCGCAGUCCCAGAUCGGCUUCAUCGACUUCAUCGUGGAGCCAACCUUCUCCGUGCUGACCGACGUGGCCGAGAAGAUGGUGCUGCCCCUGGCCGAGGAUGGCACCAAAGCCAAGGGCAACCCCGUGCCCAGCCAGCAGCCCAGCUCGCAGUGGAGGCAGCAGUCCCUGGACGACCACCUGGAGCUGGGGGAGAUGAAGACUGACCUGGAAGGCUUCCGUUCCACCUGGACCAAGUACAUCCAGGAGAACAAACAGAAGUGGAAGGAGAGGGCGGCCAGCGGCAUCACCAACCAGGCGUCCAUCGAGGAGCUGUCACCCUGCGAGGAGCAGCCCCCCGCGGACAGGCACAAUGGGGACGUGGAAUAG